AUGGAGGAAUUGGCUUUGAUGUCUGGAUUGGCCCAAAUUGGCUUAACAGGUUUUGCUUACUGGCAAAUGGCCGGCGGCUUCUCCUUUUCUUUAUCUGGCCUCACAAUGAACAAUCACAUCUUUUAUCUCACGUUGGCGCAUUUUUUCACUGGUCGAGCCGUCCUUGCGUUUCGACGCGGAAAAGGCACAAAUGGACACGCGUAUUCUCACGUUUUGGCGCUGUUGGCCCUUUUCAUGGCCUAUAGAUCGUUGGAGCAGACAAACAAUCUGAGCGGGAUGAGUGGUAGAUUCAUGAAAUAUUUGCAAGGAAUUUAUGUUAUGCAGUUCCUAGCCUCGGCAGCUUUGAUCUAUCUGCCAGGAGUGCCUCGAUCUGUGAUCAGUCAAUUCAUUCCAUUGCAUAAACUUGGUGGCACAGCAGUUUGGGCCUUGCACUCAAUACAGCUCCUCUACACUCACUACAUUCAUGGAGGAAGUGGUGGAAAUCUUGGCUGCUGGUUCACGUGCACCCAUUUGUACGAAUUUGCCUAUCACGCCGCUAUCUCCUGUGCUGCCCUCUCGUCCUUUGCCAUCCUCUACACAAUCACCAAUCGACGUGUCCACAUCAAAACGAAU